AUGCUGUUUCCCAUGGGGCUCACCAGAGUAUCCUGGAUGCUGGUCUCUUGCCUGAUGCUCCUGUCUCAGGUCCAAGGUGAAGACUCACAGAAAGAUGUGGCAUCACCAAAGAUCAGCUGCCCCAGUGGCUCCAAGGUCUAUGGGUGCUAUUGCUAUGCUGUCUUUGUAACACCAAAAUCUUGGACAGAUGCAGAGUUGGCCUGCCAGAAGUGGUCCUCAGGCCACCUGGUGUCUGUGCUCACAGCAGGCGAGGCUUCCUUUGUGUCCUCCCUGGUCAGGAGCACUGCCAACUCCUACAGUUACAUCUGGAUUGGGCUCCAUGACCCUACACAGGGCACCGAAGACAAUGCAGAAGGAUGGGAGUGGGUUAGCCUUGAUGUGACAAAUUACUCUGCCUGGGAGAGAAACCCUUCCACUGCCGCAAACCGAGGUUACUGUGGGAGCCUGUCACUAAGCUCAACAUUUCUGAAGUGGAGAGAUUAUAACUGUGACUCACACUUGCCCUACAUCUGUAAGUUCAAGGGCUAA